CAACGCUGUCGUUUUACAUAAGGGCAUGAAACAACGUCGUUUCAUGGUCUGCUCAAAUUUAUACGCACAACUCUCCCGUCUUCUCCCUCUUCCGGCAGCUGUAACAGUGGCUAUGGCUGAAGAAGGGAAGAAGGGAGGAAAAGAAGGGAAUAAUUUGCUGGGCUCACCGACCUUCACAGAGCUCGAAAAUGGCAGAUUCAAGUGCGUAGAGACGGGGCACGAGAUGCUAGCCAAAGACAAAGAAUCGUAUUCGCAGAGCAAACGGUGCCGUUUGGGUCUCAUCGACUUUGCUUUGGCUCACAAUAAGCCCCCUCUCAAUAUGUUCAAGCAAGACCCUCUCUCCCGUUCAAAAUUGAUAUGUAAGCUGACAGGGGACACUGUCAAUAAGUCUGAGGAACAUAUCUGGAAGCACAUCAAUGGCAAGCGGUUCCUUAACAAACUGGAGCAAAAAGAAAUGGGAAAAGUUGAGGAAAGGCAACCGGAAGAAUUGAAGUCUGGCACAGAUGGUCAGAAGAAGAAGAAGAAAAAGAAGAAAAAUGAGGGAAAGCUGGUUGAGGAAAUCAUUUCUGAAGUAAGGAAUUCUUCUGAUAAGAACAGUGAUUCUGAAGGAGAUGACUUUUGGAUGCCACCUGUGGGAGAUCGUUGGGACUUUGAUGACAGAGGAGAUCGAUGGGGUUCUGGUGGAGAGUCAGGGCAGGAAAGUGAUGGAGAAAAUGAAGCAGUUGAAGAAAAUGGCAAGGAGUCAGAAGAGCUCUCUAAGCGGACAAAAAGAAUGUCAAUUGAAAUUGGACCCAGCAGCUUUGCCUCUAGGAAGAAGAAGAGUAGGAAGAAGUGAAGAACUCCACAUGUUCUUGGAUUAAAUAUUCAUUAGGAUUGCAAGCACUUUUUAUGUGGACCAUUUGUGGAAAAAAGGAUGUCAGGGACUGGAGAAUAUAAGAUCUUUAGAUAGAAAUAUUUCCUUCGUGUUGAUUAAAUUGUAGAAGACUAGUGUGAAUUUUUUAUUUAAUUUUUUUUUCUCCUGUUGGAAUUUUGCAAUAUGAGCAUUUGUAGUGUCUUUUGUGUUCUUGAAAGUAUGUUUCUUCUCCUUCAUCAAGUGACACAGGUUUUGUGCUUCGAUUCCAAAUUUUGAUAAAGAUCAUUUUAUCAGUAA